UUAGAUCUCUUCUCUCUCUCUUUCUCUCCCACAUUCAUCGGCCGCUUCUGAUUCUGAUAUAGAAAUUUGAGGCAUUCACAGUACUUCGUGGAUGGAUGCCAUCAGAAAACAAGCCACGAAGCUCAGGGAACAGGUCGCAAAGCAACAACAGGCCGUCUUCAAGCAGUUUGGAGGUGGAGGAUAUGGAGGGUCAGAUAAUUUAGUUACAGAUGAGGCAGAACUACAUCAGCAUCAAAAACUUGAGAAGCUUUACAUUUCAACCCGUGCAGCCAAGCACUUCCAAAGGGAUAUUGUUCGUGGUGUUGAAGGUUAUAUUGUUACUGGGUCCAAACAAGUUGAGAUAGGUACAAAGUUGUCAGAAGAUAGCAGGAAAUAUGGUGUUGAAAAUACGUGUACCAGUGGUAAUACGUUGUCUAAAGCUGCAUUGAAUUUUUCACGAGCUCGUGGUCAAAUGGAAAAGGAGCGUGGAAGUUUACUGAAGGCCCUUGGUACACAGGUUGCAGAGCCAUUAAGAGCAAUGGUUGUGGGAGCACCACUGGAGGAUGCUCGGCAUCUUGCUCAACGAUAUGAUAGAAUGCGACAGGAAGCUGAAGCUCAGGCUAUUGAAGUCUCUAAACGCCAAGUAAAAGUAAGGGAAUCUGUAGGCAAUGUUGAUAAUGCUUCAAAGCUUGAAGCUGCUGAAGCCAAGCUGCUAGAGCUCAAGUCUAACAUGGCAACAUUGGGGAAAGAAGCUGCUGCUGCAAUGGCUGCUGUGGAAGCCCAGCAACAAAGGUUAACGCUCCAGCGACUUAUUACCUUGGUGGAAUCGGAGCGUACUUACCAUCAACGAAUUUUACAAAUACUCGAUCAACUUGAAGGAGAGAUGGUAUCAGAGCGCCAAAGAAUUGAAGCUUCUCCCAACGUUGCUGUAGACAAUUCUAUGCCACCACCGCCCUCAUAUGAAGAAGUUAAUGGUGUUUUGGCUGCUCAAACAUAUGAUGGGUCAACAGAUAGCAUGGGAUACUUUUUAGGAGAGGUUGUGCAUUCAUAUCAAGCUGAGUCUGAUGUGGAGCUGAAUUUGUCAGUGGGUGACUAUGUUGUUGUCCGCAAGGUAUCUAACAAUGGCUGGGCAGAAGGUGAGUGCAAGGGGAAAGCAGGUUGGUUUCCAUUUGGGUACAUUGAAAGACGGGACAGAGUUCUUGCAAGCAAGGUAGCUGAAGUGUGUUAAAAUUGUGGAUUUGGAAAGAAAGAUGCCCACCUUUCUUUGGUGUUUAUUUAUACACUGUUGACAUACUCAGAGGCAGAGCAUGUGGAUAUUCCUGCACAGAGGGAAGAAUACUUAUUUUUGAUGUGUGAUAUAGCGUUCAUUUCCUGUUUAUUUGAAUGGACUUCUUUGCAUGCACCCUUUUUGGUCAGUAUGUAAGUUGUCUCCUUGCAUUUGUUUAUCGAUUAUGACUGGAGGAACCUUUUUAUUUGGUUCUUUCGUCGAACUAGAUGUUCUUGUCAUCAUGUGUGCAUAAAUUUGUUAUAGCGUACGUGUGAGAGAUCAUGUUCAAUUC